ACGAAUUCCUAUCCUGGUAAUGAAUAGGAAGGAGUACGAAGAAGAAACUACCGCCUACAAAUAUUCACGUCUACAAUUCUGCAAUUGUGAAAAAUCAUUAAUAAAAACAGGACAAUUGAGAUGGAGUGAUAAACGGGACAUUGAGAAUGUGAUCCAUGAUGUGAUUCACGCUAAAUCUCAACAAUUUGCUGCGCCUUUCCAUAAAAUUUUGAUUGGGUAAUUUGGGAAUUGGAGUCAAUGAGGGGAUUUACAUAGAUAUAAAACUACUCUCUUUGUGCAUGAACAAGAAAUGCAUUUCAAAUUCUUGACAUAUCCAUGGACUCUUCCUUCUCCAUUUCUUCUCUUUCGCUUGUUCUCAACCCAUCAAACCCUCUCCAAAUUUGCAGUUUCCCACAUUCUAGCUUCCCAACAAUCUUACAGGGAGAAAUCCCAGAAGUUUUCGGAAGCUAUAAAAGCUUGUUCAUCUACAAAUUCUGUACCCAUUGCCCAAAACCUCCAUGCCCAGAUGAUUACUUCAGGUUUAAACUCAUUAUUCCUCCAAAACCAUCUCUUAAAUUUGUACUUUACCUUACGUUUAGUUGAUGAAGCUUGUUGGGUCUUUUCCAAAAUUGAAUUUCCUAAUGUUUUUAGCUGGAAUACUAUGAUUAAAGGGUUUUUCGAAUGCGGGAAGAUUCAUAAUGCAGCUAAGAUAUUCGAUAUAAUGCCUGAAAGAGAUGUUGUUUCAUGGAAUACCAUGAUGUCAGGCUAUUUUAACAAUGGUAGACCUUUAGAUACUAUAAAAGUGUUUACUUUACUAUUGAGAGAUUGUUUCAUUUCUCCUGGAUUGCCCUCUUUUUUAUGUGUGAUGAAGGCUUGUUCUAGUUUUGGUUGUCUUAUAUUGUCACUUCAAUUGCAUUGUUUAGCAGAGAAACAUGGGUUUUGUAAUGACGAGCAACUAAAUGCUUCUGUACUUGAUAUGUAUAUAAAAUCUGAUGCUAUUGAUUAUGCUGAACAAGUCUUGUAUUUGAUGCGAAAUCCUAAUUUGUUUUGUUGGAAUAGUAUGAUUUAUGGUUAUUCAAAAGCAUAUGGUGUCGAAAGUGCUCUGAAUUUGUUCCUUGAGAUGCCUGAACGUGAUGAUGUUUCGUGGAGUACUAUUAUUUCCUUAUUGUUUCAACAUGGGUAUAGAGCUCAAUCACUUGAUAUGUUUGUUGAAAUGUGUAAUCGAGGCUUUAAAGUGAAUUCUAGGACAUAUGCUUGUGCUCUUGGUGCGUGUACGAGCUUGCAGUAUAUGGCUUGGGGUUGUCAUUUGCAUGCUCGGAUUCUUAGAAUCGUAUCUAGCAUUGAUGUUUUUAUAGGGAGUGUGUUAAUAUCCAUGUAUGCCAAAUGUGGGUGUUUGGAGUACGCAAGACGGGUAUUUGAUUGCUUGGCUACAUGUAGUGUGGUGUCAUGGACGUCCUUAAUAGCUGGUUAUGUGAAGCUAAAUCUCAAGGAGGAAGCUUUAACAUUGUUGAACCAAAUGAGGAAGGUUCCUCUUUCCGCUGAUGAGAUCACAAUUGCAACCAUUCUAGGAGCUUGUAAAGGUUAUAACGACAGAAAUUUGGGGGUACAGCUUCAUGCUUACACAUCAAAGAUAGGGGUUGAUUCUUCAAUACCUGUUGGAAAUGCACUUAUUACAAUGUAUGACAAGGUUGGUGAUGUCCAGAGUGCAGAAAUUCAGUUUCGUACGAUGCCCUCUAGAGAUAUAAUUUCAUGGACAGCAAUGAUAACUGCAUUUUCAUAUAAUGGCGAAGUUAAAAAGGCUCGUGAACACUUUGAUAAAAUGCCUGAGCAAAGUGUUGUAUCUUGGAACUCCAUGAUGGCAGCAUAUUUUCAUAACGGUUUUUAUGAAGAGGUUUUGAGGUUGUACAUAUCAAUGCUAGGACAUGGAAUCAGACCAGACUUUGUUAUUGUUGUAACUUCAAUCAGUGCCUGUGCAGAUUUAACAUCAUUGAAAUUAGGAACUCAAAUAAUGGCUCAAGCUGAAAAGUUGAGCUAUGGUUUACAUAUUUCUGUAGCAAAUUCCGCUAUCAAUAUGUAUUUCAAAUGUGGACAGAUCCUUGAAGCAGAGAAGGUUUUUGAUGCAAUAGCUCAGAAAAAUGUUAUAUCUUGGAAUUCAAUGUUAGCUGGAUAUGCUCAAAAUGGCCAAGGGAAGAAAGUGAUUGAGAUGUUUCAAACAAUGUUGAUGCAAAAUUAUACACCCGAUCGCAUAAGCUAUGUAUCACUUUUAAUAGGUUGCAGCCAUGCCGGACUAGUGCAGGAGGGAUGCCAAUAUUUCAACUCCAUGAAACAACUUCAUGGUAUCUGCCCGACACAUGAGCAUUAUGCAUGUAUGGUGGACCUGCUUGGACGGGCUGGACUUAUUGAGCAAGCCUUUACUUUGAUAAAUCAAAUGCCUUUUAAACCAACAGUUAGUGAUUGGGGAGCUCUUCUUUCUGCUUGCCAAGCUCAUAAAGAUGCAAAAGUAGUAAAAUUUGUUGUGAAACAAUUACUUGAACUGGAAGGAAAAGGAUCAGGAUGCUAUUCGCUUCUGGCCAACACAUAUUCAGAAGUAGGGGAAUUAGAACAUGUAGCUAGUGUCAGAAAAUCAAUGAGGGAAAGAGGAAUCAAAUGGAACCAUGGAUGUAGCUGGAUAGAAGUUCAUGACAGUGUGCAUGUGUUUACUGCAAAUUGCUGGAGCCAUCCUCAAAUGGCCGAAAUUCUUGACAUGCUUGACAAGCUAUGGGUAAUAAUAGACACAAAUGGUUUAGAGAAUAUUGGAGUUUUUCUGGAUCCCGAUGGUGACAAAGUGAUUUCAGUUCAAGAGCAAUCAAUGUGAACUCUGCAAUAUGUUUCCGGAGCUCGCAAUAGGUGGAACUUAACUCAUCUAAAUCGCAGCAUGCUCUUGUAAUAAAACUUCUAAACUUCCCACAACAUUGGAUUCAUGAUUCACCCUUCCAAUGUGGGGAGGUAUCCUUCAUUAAGGGCUUCGAAAGGCUUCAUCUUAAUGGAAGAAUAAGGGGAAGUAUUGUAGCUAUACUCAGCCCAAUGUAACCAUACGUACUAUUCUUCAACAAGGUGCCUUGAAGCUUGAACAACUCUCUCAAGAAAUUACUCAUAAAAAGUUUAUUUUUGUCCUAUAUUAUGGACGUAGGAAUCCAUGCAAACAAUCAACCUCACUAUGACUAUCAUUGGACAUAGCAUUUGGUAUCAUAGCAAUUUGUUUCCCGACGAUCGAAGACAUUCCAAAAAUCAAGAAAUUAAAAAGCACCCUGAUUCUUCUUCCUUAUCCUUCCAAAAAAAAAUCAGGAAACAAGAUCAAGUUGACAUAUAAGGAAUUUCACGAUAAGAUGAGGAUUUUUUUAUGUUUUUGAUGCAAUGAAAGAUGGCUAAUGAAUCAAUGCAAGAAUCGUUAUUAACCUUGCAAUUAGUUCACGUGGAUGAAGUGCCUCCAAAAGAAGUAGUGAAGAGAAUAUUUUGACCCUUGAAAAGAAGGAAGGAGUGAAAACUUCUUGGGAGGGACUGAAAGAGGUGUUCAAAUGCAAGAUAAAGAGGUGCACAAUAUGACGAGGAACUAAGGGAGAAUUGAACAAGAAGCAAAUGCAAGACAAAGAGAAUGGUGAUGUAUUUGUACAAGAUAGAUGUUUCUUUAUACAGAUGGAUAUGGAUGAAUUUUGCUCAUGGAGGCUGUUUCAAAAUUAGAUUUUGUAAAGAAGUUAACGAACCGAGUGCCUCUUAACCAUAAUUUAUUCGUAUAAACUACCAUUGCUAGUUAGCUAUUAUCGUGAAGAAAUGAAAUUGUUUUGCAUUCCAGAUUUGACUUUGCUGCGUUUUUCCUGGUCAAUGUAUCUUACCUUGUAUUUCUAUCAGUUCUUAGGGGCUUAAACUUAUUUUUUGAUACGUAGUUGUGGCGUAUGGCAAUAAUUCUUGGUAUAUGGCUAUACGCUCUCAUGCUUGUUACUCAUGCCAAAACAAAAUGGUCCGAAAUUUAUAUA